UUACUCUUUUACACUUGUUCCAACCGGUUGUUGAUUUCACAGUGCCAUCUAUGAGUCCAAACGGGAAAAACGUAGCGCCACCUAUAAAUUAAUCAGAAACAUCUCUCUUUCAAAUAUUUAUCUAACUGUAAAUAUGUACCAACAUUCGUAAACAUUUCGUAUGGAAGUACAUUCUUAUAAUAUAUAUAUAUAUUUCUUUUUUUAUUAAUUGAAAUAAUUAACAACACAUUUACGUAACGAUAUUAAAAUGGAUUCGAUUAACGCUGAAGAAGAUAUUCUUAUAAUUAACUUAAAUAAUGGAAUUAAAAAAGUUAUAUUUAAUAGACCUAAGAAAAAGAAUGCUAUAUCAAUAAAGAUGUACAAGGAAAUAACAAAUAUCUUAAAUAAUUCUUCAAAAGAUGAUAGCAUAAACAUGGUUGUUUUAACUGGAACAGGACACUUCUUUACCAGUGGAAAUGAUCUUAAUAUAUUAAAUCCAAGCAUUUCAAAUGAAAAUUUCAUUACAAUUUUUAAAAAUUUUAUCGAUGCUCUGAUUACUUUUCCUAAAUUAUUGAUAGCUGUUGUAAAUGGUCCAGCAAUUGGUGUAGGAACCACUUUACUUGGGCUUUGUGAUAUUGUAUAUGCUUCGGAGAAGGCAUACUUCUACACACCUUUUACUAAAUUAGGUUUCACAUCCGAAGGUUGUUCUUCAUAUAUAUUUCCAAAGAUAAUGGGACCGAGUAAAGCUAGUGAAAUGUUAUAUUUUGGAUAUAAAAUGGAUGCUAAAGAAGCAAAGGAAUAUCGUUUAGUUGGAAAUAUAUAUCAAAAUGAAGAAGAAGUAUGGAAAUAUUUAAAUAAACUAAGUCAACUUUCUACAAAGUCUAUAGUGGCUAUUAAACGUUUAGUGCAAAAAUGUACUAAACAAACUUUAUUGGAAAUAAAUAAAGCAGAAACGGAAGAACUUAAACAAAUAAUCGAAUCAGGUGAAACUGUUAAUAGAAUAUUAAAUUUUAUGUCAAAUAAAAAUAAAUUAUAAUUCCUAUUUUACAUUAACUUUCAAAUUGUCGAAUCAUAUUUUUCGGUUAUGGAAUUUUUGAAUAUAAAUGAAAUAUUUUUAGAUACU